GCAAAAAAGAUCUUUCGAAAUCAAACUCUCUUUUUCGCCUUGACCCUAUCUUGUCUGAAGGACUUCUUCGUGUUGGUGGGAGAUUAAACCAGUCAUCGCUAGGUUACAAAGUCAAGCACCCAGUCAUCCUACCAAACAACAGUCACAUCACCCAGCUGAUUGUGUCCCAUUUCCACACUAAGACAUGUCAUCAGGGGCGAAGCCAGACUUUAAUGGAGCUUCGGGCCAAUGGAUUCUGGGUAAUUGGUGGGAGCAAGUUGGUCGCCAAGCUGAUACACGCUUGUGUGUUUUGCAGAAAACUGCGACGGCCGACAGAAACACAGCAAAUGGCCGAACUUCCCAAAGAACGCGUCGAAGCCUCAGCACCUUUCACAUGCAGUGGCAUGGACUGUUUCGGCCCUUUUAUUGUAAAGAAAGCCCGCAAAGAAUACAAAAGAUACGGCUUGAUUUUCACAUGUCUGUACUCUAGAGCAGUUCACAUUGAAAUGCUCGAAGAUUUGUCAACAGACUCAUUCAUCAACUCAUUGAGAUGCUUCAUCAGCCUGAGAGGAGCUGUUCAACAACUGCGCUGUGACCAAGGCUCUAAUUUUGUUGGCGCUAGGAAUGAGCUCAAGGAAGCACUUAAACAAUGUGACACUAAGCAACUGGAAAUCUUCCUGACUGAGAAGCAGUGCGAAUUUGUUUUCAAUGCUCCCUCUGACAGUCAAGCAGGCGGUGUCUGGGAACGCCAGAUCAGAACUGUUAGAAACGUGUUGAAUGCCACCUUUGCACAGUGCCCAGGCCGACUUGAUGACGCCUCCCUCAGAACACUGCUAUAUGAGGCCAUGGCUAUUGUUAACAGCCGCCCGUUAACAGUGGAUGGACUCAAUGAUCCUCAGGCACUGGAGCCUAUAACACCGAAUCACCUCAUAAUGAUGAAAUCUAAAGUUGCUCUUCCUCCUCCUGGAGUAUUUGUCAAGGAGGACCUGUAUGCGACAAGGAGGUGGAGAAGAGUUCAGUAUCUUAUUGAACAGUUCUGGAGCCGCUGGAAAAGGGAGUAUCUGUUGAACUUGUCCAUACGACAGAAAUGGCACUCACCUCAGCGCAACCUCAAUGUGAAUGAUAUUGUCAUUAUUAAAGAUGACCAUCUCCCAAGAAAUCAGUGGCAGCUUGGACGAGUGAUUGAGACUGUUCAAGGUAGUGAUGGAUUAGUUCGUCGAGUUAAGGUGCAAGUUGGGGAGAGGAAACCUUAUAAAAAACAGGAUCUUCCAUCCAAGCCCUCAGUAAUUGAGAGACCGAUCAAAAAAUUGGUGCUCCUUCUUGAGAACUGAUUAGAAGAAAGCAAUCGACAUCACUGCACACCAGUUUAUUAUCUGUGAGGCUAUAUAGUUACACCUCUGAUAGCUUAAGUUAAGGCUAUUCAUUUCUUAGAGUCAAGAAAUCCUGUACAAUUCAUUCACUCUGUAUAUUUGUUCAUUCAUGGUACUAGGAUUUGGUGGGAGUGUAAAUGUCUGAUAAUUCACUUUAAUAUUAUCUUACAUAGUAUUACAUUUAUAUAAAUAUUUUAUAUUAUAUUAUUAUUAUAUUUAUAGUUCUACGGUGUCACUUUGUCUGUUUGGCUUUUAUUUUGAAAAAGGCGCAUUUUCUUCUUCUAAUGUGUUUGUGACGCAAAAAACUUCCUGCCACUCUCUCCUCAUAAUGUGAUGCUCACGUGUCGUCGGAAGAACGACCUACGAACUGUGAGAGUGUCACGAGAGCACGAUAGCUGAUGGUGGAAACUAUUUGAAUAGCGUCCUUGGAUAGCGGAAUGAGGUAUGAAAGUGUGUCUAGUUUAUUGUCAUUAGAAGGGAUUUUAAGGAAAAGAAAUCUUACUACUUCAUUUGUUUAUGGUUAAUUGCACAUGUCGUCAAUAUACAAGCAAUAUCAUCUCUGUGAGCAACCAUAUUGUAUUUCAUGUAAAAGCAUGUGAUAUUUUGUCAUAAAGGCUUAAAAACAUUUCAUAGUAAUAUUGGUUGUUAGUUAAAAAUGAUUUGCAUUGUGUGUAAACAUGAUUAAUAUGUGAACAUUAUUUAUGUGCAAUUAUUUGUGAAACUACAUUGAAGCAUUUUGUACUUCUGUUUAUUUUGUAGUUUUCACGGUGUUCAUGGUGCAUGGUGCACGUUGAGAGGCAUAAAUAAAUCGACACCCGUUUGAAA